UACAGACGUGCCUGCUUGCUCCAGCCCUCCCAGUUCCGUGGGGAACCAUGCAACUUCCCUGACAAGGAAGUCAAAGACUGUGUCACCAAUAGACCAUGCAGAAGUCAAGUGUGAUGUGAAGGCUUUGUGUGUGCACAGACAGGGAGGUGUGUAAACCGAAGACUUCUUUGCAAUGGGGACAAUGACUGUGGAGACCAGUCGGAUGAGGCAAACUGUAGAAGGGUCCAUAAAAAGUGUCAGCAUGAAAUGGACCAAUACUGGGCAAUUGGCAGACUGGCCACUGGGAUGAACCUUUAUGUUAACACCUGUGAUACCCAAGGCAAAUAUGAAUUUGCACUGACAGAAUAUGAAUCAUACUCAGAUUUCGAACACAAUGUCACAGAGAAAGGAACUAGCAGAUCUAGUUUCAGUUUUGAUUUUAAAAUAACUGGAAUAUUUGAACUUGGCAUUAACAAGGAAAAAGUUCAAGGCAAAUAUUAUAUUAGAAGAACCAAAUGAUUUUCUCAUACUAAAAGCACAUAUCUGCACAUGCGCUCUGACCUUGAAGUAGCACAUUGCAAGCUGAAACCCAGAAGCCUCAUGCUCCAUUACGAAUUCCUUCAGAGAGUCAAGUGGCUACCCCUGGAGUACAGCUACGGGGAGUACAGAGAUCUCUUUAGCGAUUUCGGGACCCACUACAUCCCAGAGGCUGUGCUCAGGGGCAUUUAUGACUACACACUCAUUAUGAACAAAGAGGCCAUGCAGAGAGCAGAUUAUUCUCUUAACAACAUCCAUGCCUGUGCCAAAAAUGAUUUUAAAAUUGGUGCUGCUAUGUUGUUCUUUGUGGUCCUUGUAGGAGGAGGGGCGAGUGAGCACAUCACCACCCUGGCGUACAAGGAGCUGCCGACGGCAGAACCGAUGCAGGAGUGGGGAGACGCAGUGCACUACCACCCGGAUGUCAUCAAAGUGAAGGUGGAGCCUCUGUAUGAACUGGUGACAGCCACAGAUUUUGCCUACUCCAGCACAGUGAGGGACAUGAAGCAGACCCUGGAGGAGUUCCAGAAGGAAGUGAGCUCCUGCCACUGUGCUCCCUGCCAAGGGAAUGGGGUCCCCGUCCUGUAAGGUAGCAUUUCCAGGCGGCUGAAUCAACGCUGGGACUGCAUCUGUCCUGUUGGAUUCCAAGUCCCAGCCUGUGAGGUCACCUACCAGAAAAAUGUCCCCACUGAUGGGAAGGGGAAUUGCUGGUCAAACUGGUCUUCAUGCUCUGGAAGAUAUAAAACAAGAGAAAGGCAGUAUGACAAUCCACCUCCUCAAAAUGGGGGCAGCCUCUGCCCAGGCACAGCUUCAGAAACACUUAACUGUUAG